AUGCGUGAUCUGCAUUUCCCGAGGGACUACUACGACGAGAAUGCCACAUUCCCACCCGGCGACCCGGAGAACCCACGCAACUGGCCAGCAUGGCGCAAGUGGCUGACCGUCGCGGCCAUCAUACCCGUCGACCUGUCCGUCUCGUGGGGUGCGUCGGGCUUCUCUCCGGCGAUGCACAGCUUCCGCGAGCACUUUUCGAUCUCGACGACCGUGGCGACGCUGGGCCUGUCGCUGUAUAUCCUCGGCCUCGCGUUUGGGCCAAUGUCCCUCGCGCCCCUGAGCGAGUUCUUUGGCCGCAGCAUCGUGUAUAAUGCGUCCUACGCCGUGUUCCUCGUGCUGUUGGCUGUCACGGCGCUGGUGGACAAUCUGGUCGCGUUUAUGGUUCUGCGGUUCCUAAGCGGGCUAUUUGCCUGCGUGACUGUGGCAAACUUUGGCGGGACGAUCGCCGACCUCUGGCCGCAUUACGAGACCGGCGUCGCCAUGUCUCUGUACCUAUGGGCCGCGACCUGCGGCAGCCCAUCAGGCUUCCUGAUCAUGUCCCUCGUGGCCGAGGGCCGGCGCUGGCAGGACGUCUUCUGGGCACUGUUCACCAUCUGCAGCGUGUUCUGGAUCAUCAUGCUCCUUGCCGUCCGGGAGACGAGGCACACAACCAUCCUCAAACGCCGGCGGCGCAGCCUGGCGAGAAGCCACAGAACCGUGAGGGAGCUCUUCCAAAUCGCGCUGGCCCGGCCGUUCCGUUUUCUCGCCACGGAGGCCAUAGUCAUUUUCGCGGCGCUGUAUCAUGGCUACCUCUUUGGCCUGAGCUUCCUCUUCAACGGCAUCUUUAUGCUCGUCUUUGGCCAUGAGGGCCACGGCUUCAGCAUCCCGGGCGUCGGCUUCGCGUUCCUCGGCCUGGUCACGGGCAUCUCGGCCGGCGUCUUGACCAACACCUGGCAGGAGAGGCGGUAUCUCAGGGCCGUCGGAGAGGCGGGAGGCGCCAACAUCCCCGAGGCGAGGGUGCAUCUGGCCAAGACGGCCGCCGUUUUAUUCCCCGUGUCCAUGUUCUGCUUCGCCUGGACGACGUUUACAUGGAUCCCGCCCAUCGUGCCGAUCUUGGUCUCCGGCGUCUGGGGGUGGUGCUUCUACACCAUGAUCCUCAUGACGGUCGUAUACAUAGGCGACUCGUACGGGGUCUAUUCUGCCUCUGCACUGGCGGGCACCGCGCUCAUCCGCAACAUUGCCGGCGCGGCGUUCCCGCUGUUUGGCCACCACCUCAUGAAGCAGCUCGGGUUCCAGUGGGGGGCGACGCUGCUGGCGGUCCUGGGGGUGCCCCUGGUCCCGAUCCCGUUUGUGCUGGCCCGGUACGGCCCCGCGAUCCGCAGGCGCAGCCCGUGGGCAAGCCAGCACAUGGACACGAUGGAUGUGGACGGGGAGUAGUAGGAGAAGACGCAAACGCAACAGGUUGCAAACACGAGUUAUGCUGGAUUGUCACACCGAGCCGAGCCCAGUGGUGUGGCAGGAUCCACCCUGAUAAGCUGGCGAAACCUUGGAAACGGUUUUGGCGCACGCCACGGGCCAGGCACUGCCUCGAGCGGAUCAGCCUGCCUUAUCUCUGGGCUCCUGCGGCAGGGACGGGGACAAGCAAGUGACGUGACACGGACGCACACCGAC